AUGACAGCUCAGGACCCAAUGAUGGUCCAUAGGUCAAGAUUUGUGGAUAUGACCUCGGGGAAUAUUACUGCGCUGGCGUUUUCUCAUAAAUCUGACACGCAGAAACUCACACCAUCUGAUCUACGUUUAGCUUUGGGAAGAUCUGAUGGGAACAUUGAGAUUUGGAAUCCUCGAGAUGACUGGUUUCAGGAGCUAGUGAUUCAGUCUGGGAAAAAUAGGUCUAUUGAAGGAUUAUGCUGGAGAAACGUUCCUGGUGAAGCAUUGAGACUAUUCUCUAUCGGUGGCUCUACUGUAGUCACAGAAUGGAAUUUAGCUACUGGGUUACCACUUAAGAAUUACGAUUGCAACGCUGGUGUAAUAUGGUCGAUGGCAAUUGAUGAGAGCCAAGAUAGAUUGGCUGUUGGAUGUGACAACGGUACCGUUGUAGUGAUUGACAUAUCGGGAGGUCCAGGUUGUCUGGAAUACGAUGGCAGUCUGAUGAGACAGGAGGCUAGGAUAUUGACUUUAACAUGGAAAGGGAAUGCUAAUGUUAUUGGAGGCUGCUCAGAUGGUAAGUUGAGAGUUUGGUCUGCACAGAAGAAAGCCGAAGAUAGAGGCAGAAUUUUGCAUACCAUGAAGGUGGAUAAGUCAAAGAAAGAAUCUACGUUAGUGUGGUCAGUCUUGUACUUGCCAAACUCGAAUCAAAUUGUUUCCGGUGACUCCACAGGCUCUGUAAAGUUUUGGGACUUCACUCAUGCUACAUUGACGCAAUCAUUCAAAACUCACAUAGCCGAUGUUCUCAGUUUGACUCAGGGUGCGGACGGUUCACAAGUCUUUAGUGCAGGUGUUGACAGAAAGAUAUUUCAAUUUCAGCAGAAUAGUGGUAAAUCACAAAAUGAUCGAGGCCAUAAAUGGGUGAAUACUUCCAACCGUCUGAUUCAUGGGAAUGAUGUGAGAGCUAUGUGCUCAUAUCAAUCAAGAGGUGCUGAUUUCCUCGUUUCUGGUGGUGUUGAAAAGAGUUUGGUAAUAAGUUCUCUAUCAUCCUUUGCAGAUGGAAAAUAUAGAAAGAUGCCGCUGUUUGCCUCUUUCUCUAAGAGUAUAAUCAUCAACAAAGCUCAAAGAUUUGUGGUGAUGUGGCAUGAGUCCAAUAUCAGAAUAUGGCAUAUCGGGGAUGAUUUCGACUCAACCUCUAACUAUAAAUUGGUUUGCAAAUUGGUCCUGAAGGAUGAACAGAAUAUAACUACAUGUGCUAUGUCACCCGAUGGUCAGGUACUCGUAGUGGCAAGACCUUCUUCCACAAAGCUCUUUCACUUGCAGCCUUUAGGCACAAAGUUGAAAGUCACUAAGCUAGAUAACGAUCUACUAUUACGAACAGGUUGCAGCCUUGUCCAAUUUGUGGACAAUUCGAGGAUUGUUGCUUGCUCUUCUAGCAAUGAGCUUUUUACGUUGGACUUGGAAUCUGAAAACGAUGACGAGAUGCAGGAAAUUGAGCUCACGGAGGUUCCUGCAACAAAGAGCAGUAUUAAAAUUCCUUAUAUGAAUAGAAUUAAUCGUUUGGCCGUCAAUGGUGAAUAUGCGGCAAUAGCAUAUACUUGCGGUGCUGUUGAUAUUUUGGAUCUGGAAACGUUGAAGGCGAGAACCUUGGUCCGUUUAAUGAACUUCGUAACAAGCCUGCGUGUCAUUACGGGAAGGAACAGUGUUGUCUUGACGACUGCGGAUAACAAGAUCUACGAGUUCAGCCUCAACAAUGAAGACGAGGACUCGAGUUUACUGACAACUUGGUCCAAGAAGAAUACAGAGAAUGUACCGGCACAAAUUCAGUCAUCAAGCUCGAAAUGUUUUGGAACCUUUAGUUCUGAGGAAGAUGUGAAUAAAGUUUGGUUUUGGAGUGCAGCAUGGCUUUCAAGAUUAGAUUUCUCAGUCGAUCUUCCCGUGAGCAAGAGAAAGAAACCUAAAAAGCAUAGUCGUGAUGGAUUGACAAUCACAGAUGACAGCAACUUCCUGAAUGAUAACGGGGACGCUGAGGAAGAAAACGAGUUAGAGGUUGACGAAGCUUUUGACCUCUUGCCGGCUGCAAAUAAAUUCAACGGAGAAAGCAAAGGAAAAUCUGAGAAGAAGCCUAUCUUUUUCACCGAGAAGUACAAACCAAUCCUUUAUGCUGAUCUAAUAUCAGAAAAUGAACUCAUUGUCAUCGAAAGACCCGCUCACACUUCAGGAUCUCACCAAGGUGCAGUGGAUCUGCCUAAGUUGAUCUUCUAA